AUGGCACCACACACCCCUGCGAAAGAUGAAGCACCUCAGGAGCCUCCCCCAAUUACGCCAGGAGGCACGUAUUCCAUCCAGACCGUCUCCGUAGGCUGCAAGAUAUACAUUCGUCGCCAAAACCCCGACGGCGAGGAGGAACGUCUAGCAGAAAUCCUCUCUAUUCGGGACAAACCCGUCAAUCCGUACGCCGCACGUUUGCAGGGCGGCGUGAAGCAGGAGGAGGCGCAGCGACCAGAGGACCGGCUUGAAUUCUUUGUGCACUGGGACCAAUUCAACAAACGGCUGGACGAAUGGGUUUCGGGCUCACGCCUGGUGCUCAGCAAGGACCUCGAGUGGCCCCGCCCGAAGCUGCCGCCCGCGACUAAGAAAUAUGUCGGGAAGAAGACCCCUGCGCGCGCGCAGUCGCUCCUGAAGAAGGCGGCGACGACCAACGCCCUCGCGGUCGCGGGUUCAAAGGUGGAUUUUGGCACGCCGGCCCCGUCGGCUCCGUCUACGCCGUCUGCGCGUGCUAGCCCCUCCCCGGCGCCGAGCGGCUCGCUGAAGCGCAAGUUUCCUCAGGAUGAGGAGGAAGAGGACGAGGAUCUCGAUGCGGAUGCGGAUGGCGAGAUGGACGUCGACGCGGAGGGUGAGGUGAUGGAGAUUGACGAGACACCGACGCCCCUGCCUCCGCCCCCACCCUCUGCGUUCAGCAAAGAGCAGGAGAUCGAGAAGCUGCGCACGUCCGGCUCUAUGACGCAGUCCAUUUCGGAGAUUGCACGGGUGAAGAAUCUGAACCGUCUGCAGAUUGGCAGGCACGAGGUCGAGUCGUGGUACUUCAGCCCGUACCCUCAGGAGUACGCCCAUCUGCCUGUGCUUUACAUCUGCGAGUUCUGUUUGAGCUACUUUGCGUCUCCGUUCAUGCUCUCGAGACAUCGGAAGCGAUGCAACCUGCUCCAUCCGCCUGGAAAUGAGAUUUAUCGUUAUGAAGACAUCUCCGUCUUUGAGCUGGAUGGAAAGCGUCAGUUGACGUGGUGCCGCAAUCUCAGUUUGCUAUCUAAAUGCUUUCUUGAUCACAAAACUUUGUAUUAUGAUGUAACACCUUUCUUGUACUAUGUCAUGUGUCACCGGGACUCUUCCGGCUGCCAUAUCAUUGGCUACUUUUCGAAAGAGAAGGAAUCCGCAGACAAUUACAAUGUCGCCUGCAUCCUCACGCUGCCGCAGCACCAGCGCCAUGGAUACGGCAAACUUCUUAUGGAGUUUUCCUACGAGCUAAGCAAGAAGGAGGGGAAGCUUGGCAGCCCCGAGAAGCCACUCAGUGAUCUUGGGUUGCUGAGCUACCGGGCUUUCUGGGCAGAAACGAUCAUCGAGCUUCUGCUCAACACGAAUGACGACAUCAGCAUAGACGAGAUUGCACAGAAGACGUCGAUUACGCACGCAGACGUUAUGAAUACGUGCACGACGUUGCAGCUGUUCAAGCACUACAAGGGUCAGCAUGUCAUCUCCAUCCCAGAGGCUGUCCAGGAGCGCUACAAGAAGGGAAUAGCAAAGCGCAAGCGGCGGAUACACGCCGAUCAACUGACCGCCUGGAAGCCUCCCGUCUUCACGAGAGAUCAGCUAAGAUUUGGUUGGUGA